UUUUACACUUUCCUCCCGGCUGACCGUUGGUAACUCACCGGAUCUAUCUUUCUUUCCCAUUCACCUUCUCAGCUGCCAAUCAUAUCACCGUUUGUCUGUUCUUCCUACUGACUGAUUGGAGCAAUCUUCAUGUUUCUUUUCAAUCCCUCAAAAUUCCGCCAAUCAAUCAAUAGACCGUCUGAAACUCGGAGCUCAACAUUCACAGAUUGAGGGGAAGGAAACCCAAGACAUAAUAUAUAGAUGGGGAAGACGACGAGGAAUUUGCAAGUGGUUUCGCCUGUUCCGGCAGAUAUAGAUAUUGCAAACUCUGUGGAGCCUCUUCAUAUCUCUGAGAUUGCCCAGGAACUCAACCUCGCCACAGAACACUACGAUCUCUACGGCAAGUAUAAAGCCAAGGUCCUUUUGUCUGCGCUUGAUUCGAUUGGAGGAGGUCAAGAUGGGUAUUAUGUGGUAGUUGGUGGGAUAACUCCAACCCCUCUUGGAGAAGGAAAGUCCACUACUACCGUUGGCCUUUGUCAAGCAUUGGGUGCUUUUCUUGAUAAAAAGGUUGUAACGUGCCUCCGCCAACCAUCACAAGGACCAACUUUUGGAAUCAAGGGCGGGGCAGCAGGUGGUGGCUAUAGCCAAGUGAUUCCAAUGGACGAGUUCAACCUUCACUUAACAGGGGAUAUCCAUGCAAUAACCGCAUCAAACAACCUUUUAGCAGCUGCUAUUGAUACCAGGAUCUUCCAUGAAUCGACCCAGUCCGACAAAGCACUUUUCAACCGGUUAUGUCCCCCCGACAAGAAUGGAAACCGAAGAUUCAGCGAUGUCAUGCUUAGGCGUUUGAAGACACUCGGCAUUGACAAGACUAAUCCCGACGAGCUUACCUCAGAAGAAGUCACAAAGUUUUCGAGAUUGGACAUUGAUCCUUCAUCCAUAACAUGGAGGAGAGUUAUGGAUGUUAAUGACCGCUUCUUAAGAAAGAUUACAAUUGGGCAGGGUCCCGAAGAAAAGGGUAUGGUGAGAGAGACAGGGUUUGAUAUUUCUGUAGCUAGUGAAGUAAUGGCAGUUUUAGCACUCACGACGUCCCUAGCCGAUAUGAGGGAAAGGCUGGGUAAAAUGGUAAUUGGGAACAGCAAGGCCGGCUAUCCUAUCACAGCAGAUGAUCUCGGCGUCGGGGGUGCUUUGACGGUCUUGAUGAAAGAUGCAAUCAACCCCACCCUCAUGCAGACUCUCGAGGGUACACCUGUCCUUGUCCACGCGGGGCCGUUUGCAAAUAUUGCGCAUGGGAACUCAUCCAUAGUUGCCGAUAAGAUUGCAUUGAAGCUCGUAGGACCCGGAGGUUUCGUGGUGACCGAGGCAGGAUUCGGUUCCGAUAUCGGGACAGAGAAGUUUAUGAACAUAAAGUGUAGAUAUAGUGGCUUGAAACCUCAAUGUGCUAUCAUUGUUGCAACGGUGAGGGCCCUCAAGAUGCAUGGUGGUGGGCCAGAAGUGGCAGCGGGAAAGCCUCUCGACCGUGCUUAUGUGAGCGAGAAUGUUACACUUGUUGAGGCGGGAUGUGUCAAUCUUGCCAAACAUAUUUCUAACACAAAAGCUUAUGGUGUAAAUGUUGUUGUGGCUGUGAAUGCAUUCUCAACAGAUACUGAAGCGGAAUUGAAUGAAGUUAGGAAGGCUUCAAUGGCGGCAGGGGCGUUUGAUGCUGUAAUUUGUACCCAUCAUGCGCAUGGUGGGAAAGGAGCGGUUGACCUAGGCAUUGCAGUUGAAAAGGCAUGCAAAAAUGUUUCGCAACCUUUCAAAUUCCUGUACCCUCUGGAUAUAGGUAUCAAAGAUAAAAUUGAGGCAAUAGCAAAGUCAUAUGGCGCUAGUGGUGUUGACUACUCUGAACAGGCUGAAAAACAGAUAGAGAUGUACAAUAAGCAAGGGUUUUCCAACCUCCCAAUUUGCAUGGCCAAAACACAGUAUUCGUUUUCACAUGAUGCUAAAGAAAAAGGAGCUCCAAGUGGGUUUGUUCUUCCAAUCAGAGACAUAAGGGCGAGCAUAGGGGCGGGAUUCAUCUAUCCAUUAGUUGGGACAAUGAGUACCAUGCCCGGGCUCCCUACAAGGCCUUGCUUCUAUGAGAUUGACCUUGACACUACCACUGGAAGAGUUGUUGGUCUCUCUUGAAUUAACAUUUUUGACAAGGUAAAUUCAGGGUCCAUUUGGUAAGGGUGAUUUGGAUGAGAUGGUUGAAUCUAUCCAAUUUUCUGAUAAAAUCUAUUUGAGCUACAUAAAUCAAAAGCCAGUUAUUCCCUGGCUUUUUAUGAUGAUGAUGAGCAGCAGAACAAAGCAAAAGCUGCUAAUACACGUAGCCUUCGUGUUGAAUAAAAGCUGCGCUACCCAUUCUGCCACAUACUUUUGCAUCAAUCAAAGACACACUUUAUCAUUACGAUACGCUUUAGUCUUUGGAUAUGUCAUAUGUGGCCUUUAAUUCUGCAAAGUUUAUCGCAAAAGUUUUUUUUAUCCCCCCCCCCCCACACGAAAAGAAUGGCAUUUCUUUUAUGAUCAAAGAACAAAUGUUUAAAGCCUUGUGUGAUCUAUAGUAAUGGCAUUGGUGAGAUUUUAGACAAAAGCAACGAGUUCAUACUCAAUGGCAUGCACAUGUUUCUUAUUAUUGAAAGGCUAUAUAUGCCUACCCAC